AUGGGAGUAAUUGAAUGGGCUUUUGCGUAUAUAAAUGGUGUGUAUUAUAUGCCUAUACUACCAAUGUCGUAUGUGAAUGUAAAUCAAUCACCGACCUUUGAAUUGGCAGUGAUAUAUCAAACUUAUGUUGGAUUUUCUUAUGGAAUUUUAGUGGUUGCAAUGGAUACAUUAUCAUCCAGUAUCCUUGUGCAUAUCUACAUACAAUUAUGUAUAUUAAAAGAAUCAAUUGUAGAAAUGCGAAUUGGAAUCAUUACACGAACGAAAAAAUUUAAAGCUAAUUCUGUAUUCGUUAAAAGUACACAAGAUGUAGCGGGCAACAAUGAAAGUAUAAAACUAUAUAUCCGAAAUGAAUUUCGGAAUAUUAUUGGACAUCACGCAGAUAUUGUACAAUUUACUCAAGAUUUUGAAUCAAUUUUUCAAAUGAUUAUAUUUUUUAAAUUUAUUGGCUGCAUAUUAAGCCUUUGUUUCCUGUUGUAUCAAAUGUCGCUGCUACCAGUGGGCUCGAUAAGAUUUAAUUACAUUGUUCUCCUAUAUAUUAUAUUUAUAUUGCAAUUACUUUUAUUUUGCUGGUGGGCCAAUGAAGCGGUGUUAACUGGACAAGAGAUUGGAACCGAAAUAUCGAAAUUAAUUUGGAUUGAUAAAGAACCAACGAUUAAAAAAGCUUUAAUGAUGAUUGUGCGCCAAUCACAAAAACCAUUAAAAUUUACUGCUGGAAAAUUUUUUUUGUUAGACCUCAAUACGUUUGUUUCGAUUGUGUAUAGCGGCUUCUCUUAUUUUACAAUUCUAAAACAUGUUGAUGGAGAGUCAGAAAUAAUUGAAACAUAA